AACCGCUUCGAUCCCUUCUUCAGUCGUGAGUCAGCUUGUCAACACUCUUGACUAGCAAAGUCACGAUACCCCUGCAUACGGCUGUUCCAAGGCGAUACGCGCAUCGGACCUCAUAGUCAAAAAAUAAGCAGCAUCCACAUCGCUCCGCCAAGAUGUCUGCCAGCGCCAAAGCUCUUCACGGGCGCUUCAUUUCUCUCGCCUCGGCAUGGCCCCGAGACCCUUUACGACCCACGGCCCAAUUUGGUCUAUCCAUCCGAGCCGCAGCAGACCGAGCAUUCUUGGUUAGCCCGCCCUCGGAGACACAAGACAUCAUGGACGGCAAGCUGCCCAAUGCGCGCAACGGAGUUGGACACGCUGCGGCGAAGGGAGAGGUCGGCGCUGGGUCGGAGGUUGCCAAGUUCAAGCAGCUCAGUGCGGUCGAAGAGAGCAAUGCGGAGAGAGCAUUGUCGGUCUUGCAAGCGUUGAAGGAUGGAUCUGCAAAUUCUGAGUACCCCACUCCAAGCUCCAUUUUGAGACCGGCUUCGCAUCCUGAAUACUACGAUCAGCUGCUCCAGACGAUCCAAAAGGCUUCACAAGGUCAAGAUGUCAGCCCAAGCUUUGGGCAGCGGGUCAAGCUUUUUUUCGGGAUGAGGUGAGAGGUCACCCUUACAAGGGAACAACGGGCGAUGCGCAUAGGAUUCAAGUCAUAUAAGGUUGCAGGCCACCGACAGAGUGUGAAGGACUCCUGAGUUGGGGCGCUGAAUACUGCGUCACCUUGUCACAAGCAAGAAGGAGGGAAGAUGCCUGUUAUGUGUUUCCCAGACGCGAUGUAUAGCCUUACCCACCUCCUCUGCAGGCUGAUGCUGACAUAUGAGGCACAUCAGCUACGCUGUGCCUGCAAUGCUCGUUGACUUCUGAUUGUAGGCGUUCCAAAUUCAUGUCAAUUGUGUCAGACCAAUUCGAAGGAUGCA